AUGAUGUUUUUCAUUUCUUUAAUAUAAUAAAAUGUUUGUUCGAAAACUAAAAACAGUAACACUUUAUUUUUGAAGUAAGAAGAUUUAGGUCUUAUCGUUUGAAGAUUUUGGAUUAAGAAAAGGGGGGAAGAGAGGGGUUUCUUCUAUACGUUAAAUUGGGUGAUUUUGAAUUUGAAAACCGAACCGUGACUACUGAAAAGGGGGUUUGGUUACGUAUAAUUGCGUGUUCCAAUUCAUAACUGAAUAACAAAAAUGAUGGUGAAGGGAAUCCAGAUUCAGAUAUGUGGAUUGGUAAGUCAACGAUGGAUUCAGAAACCCCGCACAUUCUCAUCCUUCUCAUUUUCCCCAAUUCCACACCCUAACCCUUAUUCCAAACUGCUUCCCACCAAAACCAUCGUUCGUAGGGUUCGAUUCGCGCCAUUUCACGCUUCCUCGACACCGCUUCCUUCUGCCGGAAAUGUUCGACAUAUUAAGUUUUGUCAGUGGUGUGGUGGUUCUACGAAGCAUGAUAUUCCUGAAGGGGAAGAAAAGUUGAGAGCUAUUUGUACGGUUUGUGGGAAGAUUGCGUAUCAGAAUCCGAAGAUGAUAGUUGGCUGUCUCGUUGAACAUGAUAACAAGGUGCUCCUUUGCAAGAGGAAUAUUCAACCAUCUCAUGGCCUGUGGACACUUCCUGCUGGUUAUUUGGAAAUUGGAGAGUCGGCUGUGGAUGGUGCCAUAAGAGAAACAAGGGAGGAAGCAAAUGCAGAUGUGGAAGUAAUUUCACCAUUUGCCCAACUGGAUAUUCCUUUAAUUGGCCAAAUUUAUUUGAUAUUCUUGGCAAGGCUGAAGAAGCCGCAUUUUUCACCUGGUCCAGAAUCAUCAGCAUGCCAACUUUUUCCACUUGACGAUAUACCUUUUGAUUCUCUAUCCUUUUCAUCGAUGGUGGUUACCUUAAGUUUGUAUGUUGAGGAUAUUAAGACCGGAAAACUCAAAUUCCAUUAUGGAACCAUUAACAAAAGGCCGGGUACAAGUCCUUCUGAUAUUCGUGCCUAUACGCUGGAUCAUCAUAUGCAGUCAUGAGUAAUUAUAAGCAGUAGUGCAUCAGAAGAUUGUAAGUAAAAGGAAAAGAAAAAAAGUCCUCUAGUGAGAAGAUUGCACGUCUUCUGCAAGAACCUCCGAGUGUUGACUUGUUGAAUUCACCAUUGUCACAAGCUUCUUAAACUCAACAUUGUAACGAGGUAUACUACCACCGUUUCCAUUUCAGUUGACAUGUUACACAAAUGUGCAUCAUUGCCUGCGAAUCCCAACUACUACUCUUUUGGACCUACCAUAUCAAAUUGGUACGCAGUUUCUAUUGCUGUAGAAAAAACGAUACCUGUUUUAUCUCCUUUGGAAUUGUAAACAUAACAUUCAUCGAUAUUAAUUAAAUUCUUUUUGAAAAUGUA